CUUAACGGCAGGAAACUGCUUUGUCAGCAGGGCAGAUACGACACGUCCCUUUCCCCUUUGAGGUGCGUGCCUACGGCGAGGCUAAGCUAGUCGGGGCAAAGUGUUCCGUGUUUGUAGACGACUCGAAAACGAAAAAUAAGAAUGCCUGCCCAUUGUGCGGCGUACGGUUGCACGCGACGUCGUACAGCCGAAACAAAGACUGCGGGAAUAACCUUUCAUAAGUUUCCCAAAGAUGAGGAGAUGAGGAGAGAAUGGGAAAAAGCUCUGAGGAGAAAGGAUUUCAGCGCGACGGAUGAGACCGUGCUCUGCAGUCAACAUUUUAUGGAAGCUGAUUUUGACAGGACGGGGCAGAUUUGCCGGAUUAGAACUGGCGUCGUUCCGUCAGUGUUUGACUUCCCGGAUCGUCCCAAAAGAGUUGAGAAAAAAAAGACCCCAAGAACCACAAGAACGUCAAUGAAAGCUCAAGAGGGCUUACCAUUACCCACCCCUAACAAAACAUCCAAAAAGGAAUUUCAACUUCAUAGCAACCUUCCUGAAGCAGAAAGGACCAAGUCAACCUUAAUGAAAGCGAACAGCUGUCCACCAUCAGCCACCCCUCAGAAAGUUACCAAAAAGAAACAUCAGCUUAACGUUGAGCGUGACCACAACUAUUCGCUGCCCAGUUCUCCCGCCGCUCUGAAGGCCAAAUUCAGUCAGGCUGCAACCAGAAUUUGGAACCUGGAGAAAGAGAAGAGAAAUGCGCUGGUGCGAGAACGGAGGGCGAUGAAAACUCUAAUCGCUGUACUGCACAAGCCCAUGUGCAAGUCUUGUGUGUGAGGCUGUAAAAUCACCAGCGUUCAGCAAGAACUGCUACCCUUUGACUCUGGAAAAAUAGUGGCGCGGUGAUUCCCUUUGAUAGCUCUGUGCAGGUGGUAAAAUGUGCCAUUUGCAACAUGGUCCGAUCAAAAAUCAUCAGGAUUCCGUGGUCACACUUUAUUCCAGGAAGUGAUCGGGACAAUGUGUUUUCACUUGGGGAGCGCAGAUGAAAUCCAUUUUAAUACAGAGAACCGCCACUCCCUCUUUAUUACUUGCAGGUAUGUCUCACUAAAUUAGAAUAUGGUAGAAAUUUCAUUUGUUCCAGUACUCAUACAUUAUAUAGAUUCAUUAAACAUUUGGAAGAAUACUUUUCAGAGGUCAUCCAUCCAUUUUCCAAGACACUUAUCCUCACAAGAGUCACGGGAGUGCAGGAGCCUUUCUCAGCCAAUUUCGGUAUUCCUGCCUAAUUCCUACAUUAAAAAGAUAACUUUCAGUAUAGUGUCUACAGAUGACUUUUGUAUUUUCCUUUGCUGUAAGCAAUGAUCAUGAAGUUCAUAUUUUUAAAAAUGUGAACUAUUUCACUCUUGUGUGUAGUGGGCCUCUGAAAUUAAUUUCACUUUUUUAAUUGAACCAUACGCACACGCAAUACCUAAAGAUUUUAGCACUAUUGCAAUGUAUUGAGCUGUAUCUGUACAUUGUUUGCUGUUCUAAAAAAAAAAAAGGCUGGACCACCACGUUGCCACAUGUACUCCCUUCGAUUUACAAGAUGCAUGUACAAGGAAGAAUUCAUGCAAAAAAAAAAAAUCAUCUUACAGCGUUUCAACACGUCAGAUUGUAUAUUUCCAAGGUGAUGCGUUUACUCAGAGACAAUUUCAUUCUGCCUGUUUCUAACUUGUACAAAUGUCAAUAAAUGUCAUUCUAUUUUA